CGUAGUUCUUCGCUGAGCUGCUGUAGUCCACUCCAGGUUUGUACUUCCGGUUCACGCACCGCGGGGUUACGGAAAAGAUGGCGACCGGGUUGAAGAGCGGUCAGGGAUUACUGCGAGCAUGCCGGAGACUCGCCUGUCAUACAAAACAAACACGAUGUACAGUUCCUCACAUCACACACUGUCAAAAGGAGAAGAGCACUGCAGUUCCCAAGAGUCACGUUCCCGAGACGUCGCUAUCCAGACCGCCGUGGCCUGAAUUAGCACCAUAUAACAAAGAGGACGAAGAACAGAAACAUCAAGCGGUCGUAGAGAAGGUGAACAGUCUGCUGGAGAAGCGAGAGUACGGACGCCUGUUCGCCGUCGUUCACUUCGCCAGCCGUCAGUGGAAAGUGACGAACGAAGAUCUGAUCCAGAUUGAGAACCACAUCGAGGCAGAGUGUGGAGACCGCAUACUGCUGGAGAAGGUGCUGCUGGUGGGAGGAGAAGAUUUCACACUCAUCGGAAAGCCUCUUCUCAGGCGUGAUCUAGUCCGAGUUGAGGCCACCGUCGUGGAGAAGACCGAGUCCUGGCCAAUGGUGCACAUGGUGUUCUGGAAGAGACAUCGGUUCCAGAAGAAGAGAACUAUCGUCCAGCCGCAGACGGUCCUCCGGAUCAACACCAUCGCGGUGUCUCCCACACUCAUCUGACCCCGCCUCGCUCUUCUGAUUAUAACCCUGACGGGUCCAGCCGUGGAUUCGAGUGUAACGGAGCUCGAAUGAAUGUGUGUCCUUUGUUUGUAACGACUGCCAUUUAAUUUAAUAAACAUUCCCCUGCGGGGGGGAAAAUAUGCUGAUGA